GCGAUGGCCGCGCUAUGGUGGUGGAGCUCGGUGCCGCCAAAGAAGGCGCCGUGCUGUUGAUGGCGCCGCCCGACGCAAGCGCCACCUACCCCGAGCUGGUGCGCGCCCGCCGCUGCCGCUUGGUUGAGGUCGGAGGCCGGCUUGGCGCUGAGGCUGCCACCUGGCUCCGGAUGCUCGCUGGGCAGCGCACCUUGGAAACGCAGGCGGCUGCGCGUGCCCCGUGGGUGGCCCGGUGGUCAGGGCUGCUUGCGGUCGCUGCACAGCGCGCCAUCGCCGAGUCCUUGCUGGAGCUCCGACUCGCUGGCGAGUGUGACGUCGCCGGAGAGGCGCCCGAGCUGCACGAGGUCCUCGCCGACGUGCGCUGGCAGCUUCCGGUGAUUGGCAGCCGCCAGGGGCGGGCACGGGUCGUGCGACACAUCUUGAUGGGGCGGUUCCUGCGCGCCAAGCAUGGGGGCGGUGAUGGAAAGGGCGCCGGCGAUCGUCGGGUCGACACCACAGGGGCAGGCGUCCGAGCGAGGGCAAGCAGCCUCGUGAUCGAUGAGUGCUCCCCUCGCGCCGGGCACGUGGCCACUCAACUGGCAAAUGCUGACGUGCCGGAGUCGGUGCUCGGCGCUUUCGCGCUUGCCAAAUUAACCUCUGGGCGGAGGAAGCACCCGAAGAGGAAGGCAAAGAUUCGCAAAGGUUGGACGCUUCCUGUCGGCCCGAUUUGCUUGGAGCCCCUGAGUGCAGGCAUGAGUGCGAGCCUUCCACCAGAGCCCCCGAGACCGGGAUCAUCUCCCCUCGACGACGAAGACGACGACGUGCCAUACGUGCCCAGGCGAGGCCGGUGGCGCCGCCGUGUGAAACCUUUUGGAUGCCGCCGUGUUAAAGAUGAGCGAGAUCCUGCAGCACAUGCAUGGGGACCAGAAUUGGAGGAGGUGCUGUCAGCAGCUCAGAUGAACGAAGACUUCAUGCUUGCCCAGAGCGGGGCGACGGCCCUCCUUGCACUGGCGAGCCUCGACCAGGAAGCGGUCGAUGGCAGAGUGCCGCCCGGAGCCCCUCCCGGAAACGGGGCAGAGGAGGAGGAGGAGGAGGAGGAGGAGGUGGGAGGGGGUCCAGUCUACCGCUACAAAUGCACUUACGGGGCGCGCAGCGGCAGCAGAGGCCAGGGACACGUGCUCAACGGCCUCCGCGAAAGCACGGACUAA